AUGGGUGACGGCACUAGUGUCUCUGCUGCACCAACUGGAAUAAGGGCAAACGAAGAUGAUAUCUGGAUCCCAACGCACCGCUUGCCCAUCAGUCAGACUGGGCGUGUUCCACUUCCCUCUGAGUUGAUGAGACACGACAUGAUGCACGGCAUGAUGCGCGACAUGUUCAAUACGGCCUCCAACACACCCUCCAGCCAGGAUAUAGUCAUGCUGGAGGCUUUUGCUGAAGCCUCUAGCCUUGAGACCCCUACAAGCACCCAGACUGACACACCGUCUGUUCUCAACACGAUGAUGCUUCAGCCACGCACCAAUGGCACUGGGCCCAAGGAUCUGACGAACACCAACGCAAUGUCUAUCGACUUCCUCAUCAAUAAGGCAACAACUAAGAGCCAUGUUGAAGACUGCACAUCAGGUGCUGCUGCAAACAUUGCCAUCAACAGUCCUGCAGCCCGAGAACCAGCCUUCAACAUUGCCCAGAACAGUUCGACUCGAGGAAAUGAGGCUAAAGCUUCUGCGACAAACAUCACUGCCGCUACCAGAUCAGCUGCGACUAGUGCUAGUGGCUCAUCCCCAAAUUACCUCCCUCCAAUGGAUUUCAGUCACUUCUCCAAUGAGUUUGUUACCUUUAUCGCUGGCAAGUCUCAGCAGAAGAUUUCGAUUCACAAAGGAAUCCUGCUAAGAUACCCGGAUUUCACCUUUUUCCACAAAGAACUCAACAAUAAAAAUAAGGAGAGUGCCUGUGCAGAGAUCCACAUGCCAGGGGAUUCAGCAGAUGUCGUCGGUUGGAUGGUCUGGUGGUGCUACCACCAAUGCCUGCAAAUGGUAAACAUUCAAGCCCUCCGACCUGUGACAGAGGGCGGUCCAGUGGUGUCUUCUCUGCCAGAUCCUGUGCCGUCGCUGGGCGAAACCCACUCUCGUGAGUUCAUGGUCCAGUACGGUUGCAGGCCAAGUCAACAAUUGGUCCUCCCAAUGCCGCCCCCCAUCAACCAAGUUCCCUGGAUUUCUCAGUAUCCUCACCGCCAAGAACAGCGCUCUUCUUCCAAAACACCAAUGGCAUCUCACCGCCAUGGCGAGCUUUCCACUCCCUUUGCGCAAUACCAGAUCCACCGAAUGCAUGUCUGUCGCAGCACCUCAUUCGAAGAGGACAGACUCUCUUUGCACGAUGCGACCCAACGCCCAUCCACUUCGGUCUACAAUACCCCUCGGGAAGUCGAAAGAAUUGAAAGACUGCAGAGCUAUUUGGAAAAUUACCAUGACAUCAACCUUUUCGCCGCCAGUCCCGAGCGCAUCGACGCCGAGCUGAUCCAACUGAGGCUGGUUAAGCUCAUCGUUUUCGCUGUCAAGUACGGCCUCGAGACGCUCCGUGAGGAAGCGUUGAUAUCUUACUGCAAGGGAGAAAAGGCCAUCGACCGCCCGGUCCCCCUCUUCGGGCACAUCAAGAUAGCGUACGACGGCUGCGCUGCUACGUCGCUUUUCCCCAUGCUGCUCGCUGAUUACGCAUACAAAAGCGCGGCCCGCAAUGGCCUCUGGCUUAAGAUCACGGAAAUGUUUUCACUGGGUUGUGGGAAUUUCACCAAAGCAAUGAUGGAUAGGGUGCAGGGCCGAACUCCUGUUCGCGAUACGAUCGACGUAUACGCAGCAAGAUAG